CAACAGCUGAUGUUCAACGAUAAAAAUUAAUAGCGUAGUUAUUGUCAUGUUUUUGUUUAUGAGCCGUCCCGUGGGGACGCCGAGCAAUAGCAUACGAGCCGUCCGCGAUCGCCUGGGCGACGACUUCGUGGACAAACUGGACGAACUGCAUCUAAAUGCACUGCGCACUGGCCUGGUAUCCACGGGGGAUCUGCAGGAGGCGUAUCGAAAGGCCCGUGACAUUAACAGCAAUCAGAACCGGCUAAAUUUAUUGUGGCUGCUGGGCAUCAUAUUCUUUAUCAUGAUUGCCACGCCCGUUUUCUACGAGACCAUCUCGUUUCUGCUGGGCGUCCGCUGCUUUCUACCCAACAACCAUCUGGUCUGGGAGGCAACGCGGCCCAUUAGUGACUGUGAAUUCUGCAAGGGCGUUUCGGCACCCCUAAUCUUGCACAAUCUGACGCGCGAAGAGUUUGCUCGAUUUGCAUAUUCCUCGCGACCAAUCAUUGUGAAGAAGGGUGUGGCGCACUGGCCAGCGCAGCGAUAUCUCAACUACUCCUUUAUCAAGCAGCUAUAUGACAGCGUGCCCGACUCUAUGGAGACAGUGUGCCAGUUUCAGCAUUUCAAUUCAAAUCUCAAGUCUUUGCGGGAUGUCUUCAGUAUGCCGCCGAGUCGCGCCAAUCUGAGCGAGGGUGUGCCCUGGUUUGUCGGCUGGAGCGUCUGCCAGUCCCAGAUUCUGGCGGAGCUUCGCAAGCUAUAUCCACGACCUCACUUUCUGCCCGUUGAUGCAGAAAUGCCAAAUACCGACUUCAUACUGAUGGGUUACGAGCAGGGCGCCGUUAUGCAUCUGGAUUACAUUCCGCGUCUUAUGUGGCAGGCGCAGCUGCAGGGCAACAAAAGCUGGAUUCUCUCGCCGGCGCCGGAGUGCGAUCAUCAGUGUCAGUCGUUCUUCUUUUAUGUGGAACCAGGUGAUGCCGUUUUGGUGGAUACGCGCAUCUGGUACCAUGCCAACACCAUGCCCAGGGGUCAAUUCUCGCUCUCAGUGCAAUCCGAGUACGGCUAAUCCGUAUGCUUCCUCCAAAAAAAAAAAAAAACAAAGUCUGAUAGUUAGAUUUAAGUGGGCAGUCAAUAAAUUUCAAUAUUCCCUCCAUA